GCAUUAAUUUCUGGGAAGCCGUAUGGUUGGCAAUGCCCGAAGAAUCGGGAGGAAACAGGAGCAGGCUGCACUACGAACUCGACACAUUAGUCAGCGUGGGCUUGAAUGGCAUCAGAAUCCUUGGCUCCAGUUUGGGACCGAAUUCUGAGCCAUACCGGUGGAAACCGGCUCUGUUUCCUGAGCCUUUCAAGCACGACGAGUCAGUGUUCAAAGGACUCGACUAUCUCCUUCAUUCCCUAAAGGAACGGAAUAUGAAAGCAAUCGUUUCUCUCAGUGACUUUUGGCAAGACUCCGGAGGAUUCGCUCAAUACGUUUUUUGGGCAGAUCCAUCACAGGACAUCCCUUAUCCUCCGUCGUUUCCUGACUUCACUGGAAGCUGGCAAGAAUACAUUGAAUACGCUUCUCGGUUGUACUGUGACAAAAGCAUCAUGAAGUCAGCUCAAUCCAUGUUAGAAAAACACAUCAAGACCAUCAUUCAGAGGGUGAAUCACAUCAACGGUAUUGUCUACAGUGAAGACAACACGAUCUUUUCGUGGGAGAUAACAAAUGAGCCUCAAGACCCACCUCGCUGGUGGAUUGACAGGAUGG